GGUCUCAGUCACGGUGUUACAAGAGAGAUUUGGCAAUCAAUUACGGGAAGCUACGUUUUUAAUUUGACUUCCUCGUCAAGAUAUGAGGGGACCCCGAAUAUUAAGGAUACAAUAACGCAUUUUGAACGGAGAGGCAUCGGAGAUAAGUAUGGACAGCGAAUGACAACAUUCUAUCGGGUGAGCAUCCCAUAAUAGGCAAUUUUCACGAUGACGACAAUUGGCUACAACUACCACAAUUCAUAUUGUUUUUCCUUUCUUAUCUUAAUCUGUCAAUCCAGCUGGGGUUUAAACACCAAUAGCCCUAAUGUCCACAAGAAAGCAACAAACUGAAGGAUUCAGGGAGUCGUAGUAAAAUGACGUCAUCGUACGAUUGUCCAAUUGACUCUUUUGAUUCUCUUCCGAUUCUAUAAUUAGCCUAUAUGCUUAUUAAUCUCUUAAGCUCCAAUAUCCACUUUCAAAUUCUCCAUAGUUUAAAGUUUGAAAGUUUAAAAGUUUGAACUUUAUUAAUUCAUAAAUACAUAGCCGUUCGAAAAUUGAAUUGCGUAUUUACGUUAUACAUUCCUUAAUGAAUUAGUUGAGAGAAUUUGAUAAACUGAUGAAGGCAUUUUUCCUCUGGUGACCAUUUUGUUAAUUCUCAUAACGUUUUCUCUUGACGAUGAAUGGCUUUUCUUCGGAGAAAUUUGAUGUUAGUCACUCGUGGAACUUAAGGGUUACUAAGACUACACAAGCUGUAUCUUGUUUUGCUUCCGAGGGGAAUUUGGUGAAAUCUUGUGAAAUUCUUCUCACGCUAAAAACGUGAAAACUGUUACUUAUGAUUUUGUUAGUGCAUGUUUUGUGCAUUAUUUAUUUUUUUAGUGUUCCUUACUUUCCCUUCCUUUAUUAUUAGUUUAUGGAAAACUGGCGUUAUUUGAAUCUUAGCCCCUAUGCUUCAGCAUCAUUUGUAUCAUGUAGUUACGCGGGAAACCAAGUACAGUCAUGUCAUGAUUAGUUUGUUUUUGUUUCUGAUUGGUUGAGGAAGUGUCACGAAGAAGUUUCAUUUUUAAACCAAUCACAAAGGGCUCAGGAAUUCAAAACCAAGUCACUAAUGUUACAGUUAUCAGCGGUUUUGACAUGGGGCUUUGGCACAAGGCAAUUUUGCUUCGUAUUUAAAACAAGUAACCAUUAGCCUCGUUUGGCUCCGUUGCAUGCCAGUUGACCGGUUAUUUGACCGCAGGCUCAGCUCUAGUAUCAGAUACUGCGACGCAGACUCGUACUCAGUCGCUAUUUAAGUGUGUUUUUGGGGUGAGAGAAGAUUGGGGAUUAGGUUGAGGCACGCGCGGGGUCUUAUUAGGGAAGGAGACCCCGCGCGCGCCUCAACCUAAUCCCCAAUCUUCUCUCACCCCCCAAAAAACACUUAAAUAGCGACUGGGUACGAGUCUGGCUGCGACGGACAAAAUGACUCAUAUCAAUCAAGGCGCCCUCCAGAUCCCUGAAUAAUAUAUUAUGCAUAUUUAUACCUGAAUUCUUCGGAUGGGAUGGUAAACUUUAUAAUUAUGUAGUCUUACAUCCAAAGAAAACUCACAAACAAACAGCGCGAAUGUAUAAAGAAUUUUGUCUAGAAGCGAGGGUUGGUGGUGAAAUAAACAGGUCUUACGUCACAGCAUUAUUCUUACCUUUGUUGGCGCUAAAUGCUAAUUAAUUAUUGAUGUAUGUUUUUUUCUCGGAAGGCUCCAGAGACAGGUUCAUUCGUGUUCUACAUGACGUGUCAAGACGAGUGUGAGCUGUGGCUGAGUACAGAUGACAAAACUGUUAAUAAGAGAAGAAUUAUUUUUGUUCCUUUUGGGCUUAACCUAAGCUGGAAACAAUGGGACAAGUAAGUGAUGUGAGCUCUCCUGAUUCUCUUGUUUUAUUCGCCAAAUGAGGCUGGGUCAAUGUUGUGUCGAGUUGCAUAAUGGGAUUGUUUUGGGGAUGCCAAGCGCUCUUUUUUACUGCGUAAUACGAGUAAUAUUGGGGAGCCUGAGAAAACACUUUUUUCAGCGACCCAUACGCACGACAACCUAAAGUGAGGCCUUUUCCCUUUUAACAUGUCUUAACCCUUUGGACCCUAAGAGUUAAAAUUUGAAUUCUCAUUUGUUACUCCUGCUCAUUUCCUAUAGAAGCGGUGGGGAGAAGUUGAUAAAAUAUCAAGUAAAUUUUUCUUGUGUGAUCAUGUCCGUAAUUCUCAUGACCACUCUGUUUUACAAAGCAUUGAUAUUACAAGGAGGAAUUUGUUGCUGAUCACUCUUAAGGCUUAAAGGGUUAAUGCUAGCAAAUUUGUAUUGCUAAGUGUCUUUACUCUUAUAGAGACGAUUUGCCCAAGAAUUUUGGUAAAACCACCGCCCAAGGAUGCAAAAAGUCCACUUUCAUUUGACGUGCGUUGCUCAAAAACAGCUUUGCUUAAAAGCUCCCAAUUGUUAAAUUCGCCCACCAAACACAAUUCCUUAGUGCAAUUCAACGAAUCACCGGGCAAAUUUCAAGUGUAACCUCAGAAUGGCCAAUGAAGUCCUGAAUUUUUUUCAGGCUUCUUUACGCAAUUGCAUAAAUUGCGUUCAUUGCGACGAUCAUUUCUUCAUUUUCAUUUCGUUUCCACAGUUCAUGUAUGAUUUAUUUCAUAUACCAUUAACACUCAUUUCUUUCACGGGAACAUAUGAACCCACAAUUGACCUGCUCCCAACGUCAGUGGCUUCAUAGCUCAGUUGGCAGAGCAUAGCACCGGUAUCGCGAGGUCACGGGUUCAAACCCCGUUGAAGUCCUGAAUUUUUUUUUUCAGGCUUCUUUACGCAAUUGCAUAAAUUGCGUUCACUGCGACGAUCAUUUCUUCAUUUCACCGAAUAGAACUAGCCGGGUACCUGGAUAUUAGCCAAUGGGCUCCUGUAUCAGCAUAUCUUAUAUCCCGGGUAGGAGAGUCACUCGCCUACCGGUCCAGGAGCUACCCUUACAAAAAUUGGCAAACUGUAUACAUCAGUUCACAUGAUAAACAAAACGUAGGCUCCGAGGGCUAUGGUAAGAUCACUCUCUUAGCAGGGCCAACUUCCCUCCAUUAAACACUUUGCCUCGCCCAAACUGGUCAACUCGGUGAAGGUACGUGAGACGAUCCGAGCAUGCAUUGGCGCUGUUGUCUUGGGCAAAGGGGUCAACUUUUUUUCUCAUAUAAACGCUCGCUAAACUGACUCGGUUGAGAAUGUGACUCUCAUUGCCCUGACAACUUUUCUCUUAGUACGUGAUGGUGAUCGAAGCAAUUUGUUGUAAGUUAAAGGAUUUCUUGGAACCAGUGUUGGCCUAACGAUUUGUUGGCUGUUUUCUCAGGCUAGGAUAUUCCGAGCUAAUUAAGACGGAAUCCACCAGGAUUGAGUAAUUUUGGUUUUCAGUGGACAAAAAUCUUGCAACAGAAUAAUUUAAAGUAAAUAUUGCAUUCUUUUUUACAUUUUUCAAGGCCUUACGAUGUAAUAAAUCAUCUGUAGUAGCACCAAAAAAAAGUUCUUAUGGAAACCCUAGAAAAUGAAUGUCAAUUUUCACAAAGUUACAUCUUACGCAUGAAAUUUUCAGAAUUUUACCUAGUAUGCAAUCACAAUUCUUGUGAAAUCUGACAUUCAUUUUCUCGGACUUCCAAGAGAAAUUUUCUUUGGUGUUACUACAGAUGAUUUAUUACAUCUUUAGCCCUUGAAAGGUACAAGGUUUUUGUCCACCGAAAAUUAAAAUUUCUCAAUUUCCUAGUGGAUUCCGUCUUAACUUUUCCCGACUCGACAAUACAUUUGGAACUUCCUUCUAAAAGGGUUUAAAAGUACAACAUACUGACUCGAGCUGGACUUUAAGCUGAAAGUCCAUAAAGUUUCUUAUAAUCCUUUUCAAAACUUGAUUUCACCCAUACGUCUGGAACUGGACAGUACAAAAUAUGAAAGUCGAAUUAAUGUACGGGAAAACCACUUAUUAACGAAAGUUUAAUAAAACUUUAAAAAAAAAAAACUUUUCGUAUGAUGAUUGAAGUCAGAUUUUAGCUUUGCAUUUUCGUAAAAACUUUUGUAUUUCACCCCACCUUGCACUGAUCAGCCAUUAGGUACUUAUAAUACCGAAAUAAGGUAUAUUGUGAUGAACGAACAGUAAGAUAGAGUUCUUUUUCUUAGAAAAGCUGAACAGGUAUCAUCCCCGAUAAACUUGGUCAGUGGUGAGUUCUACUUCAUGCAAGCCAUCAUGAAAGCGGGCUCCAACUCAUCAGAUCACCUCGGGGUUGGGGUGCGUCAGCCGAAUGGGAAGAAAUACCAGCCCAUCUUAAAUCCGGAUUUGUACAGCGAGAUACCAGGUACGAUCAUGUAUUUUGGGGUAGAUGGUACUUCAUGGAGUUAAAGAGGGUAAGAAGGCAGGCAGGCGGAGAAGGGUUGUCGGCACUAGGAUAAACCAGGAGCCUGCUGAAAACUUACAAACUGUUUUGCUUCAGCGCAAACUGAGAAGAACGAGCGUAGAUCGAAGGCUAACGUUAAGCGUGAGAGGUUUGAGGGGUGACCAAGUCUACAUAUACAACAUGCCGAAAUUUGGUUUACUGUACUCUGAUUUACGAUCACAGGCACAGUUAGAUAUAGUAUAUCUAAGUUAAUAUUGAAAACGUAUAGUGAUAGAGCUUUUUCCAUUUGAACGAACUACCAUUUUAGUUGAUGAAGAUGUUUAAGAGAGACUCACUUAUUUAAGCAGAAUAAUGCUAUAACUUUUAUAAAUUAUUUCUAGACUGAAUGUGGUUUGUGAAGAGCUUUAGAGGAUUAGUUAAGUCAGGGCUUUAAAAUAUAUUCUUUAUUUUAUUUUUCAUUCAUUUAUUUACAUGUACUUGCACGUUACCUCUCUAAUACUAAUGCUUCGAGGAAAUUUCUUCUCACACCUGCUCCAGCGUAGUCUCCCACACAGGCGUUUUUAGGGGAGUUCUUACGUGGAGGGAUCAAAAACGAGCUCCCCUAUAUAUGCCUGCGGGGGAGGCUAGCUCCAGCGAUAUUUCGCGCAUUAUCUCCUGUUGAUAUUGAUGUGCUAACCAAAGGCCUUUUUUCUCUUGAAACGUGUGAUGGGUUCUUUUCUUUCAGUGUUUAGCACAUUUGAAUUACAAAAAUUGCAACCCAGAAAUUAAGCUAUGUCGGACUCUUGCUAUUCCGGGUAAUAGGUGUGUUUGAAAUACCGGGUGUUGAGAUUGUUUUUAUUCAUGCAGUUCUCUGAUCGCUUAUCGUUUUUCUUUCUUUCAGAGAGAAAAAUCGCGUUAUUUCUCCUUGUCCAAAGGGACGCAAGUCUGGUAGGUCAUGUGAUGUCUACAACCUCCCUUGUCAACGACGUAGCCUGUUCAUUAUUCUGUACACGUGACCGAAACUGCAAGUCCUUCAACUACUACAGGGAACAAGGGAUCUGCGAAUUAAACAAAGAAAAGACCGCGAACAAUGUCGAAGGUGUACUGGUCCCAUACAGGGGGGUAGAAUACUACGAAAAAAUGGAACUAAACCAAUGA